AUCAGACAAAGAACAAACAAGUUACAGUUUGCUAAGCUCUGCGUGUAAGCUAUCAACUGUCAGAACAUUCUUGGAGAAAAUUAAGCCCCUCCUUUCUUACAGUACAGUUAGCUGAGAGCAUUACUGUUAAAGCAAGUACAUUUUGAAAUGAUGGAAAACCCAUGUUCCUUAUAUGGACGUCCUUUCUCUUCAUCAUCUAUACCUCAGAGGAGGGUUUCCGCUUCAUUUAUGAGGAAAAGGAAACUGUUGCAAAAGUUCACCACUGAGCAGCCAUGUGUUGAGGUUCCAGCUAAAGAAAGUGAAAGCACCACAGAAAUUAUAUAAGGAGGGAAAGUUGCCUUUAGAGAGCAGACAUGUGGAAGCGCAGAGUGGAGAAGCUGACAGACAAAUCAGAAACUAUGAAGAAAAUGCUGGAAAAUAUCAAAGUGCUUUAUUUUGCCAGUGACUGUGCUGAGCCAUAUGUUGAGAUCAUCACAGUGAAGGACUCAAAGCGCCGCCUGAGUCUCUGCAGCUCAGUGGAGUCUGAGGUUGAUGACAGUGAGUACCAGGAGGAUGAUUUCCCUGUCCUGAGCCACGAGAGCCAGCUGCUGGAUGAAUAUCACCUGCAGAAGCUUGUCGCUCACUUGCCUCCAAGGACUCAGGGGUCUCCAUGGCAACUGGCGUAUAGCACGGUCAUCCAUGGGAGCAGCCUAAAGACACUCUACAGGAACUUGGCUAAUCUGGACAGCCCUGUGCUGCUGGUCAUCAAAGACAUGCACAAAAAGGUGUUUGGGGCUUUUUGUUCAGAUCCAUUCAGAGUCAGUAAAUACUGCUACGGCACCGGCGAGACCUUCUUGUUCAGUUUCAACCCUGACUUUCAGCUAUACAGGUGGAGCGGGGAGAACUCCUAUUUUGUCAGCGGUAACUUGGAAUCUCUGCAGAUUGGUGGAGGAGGGGGUGGCUUUGCCCUGUGGCUGGAUGCUGAUUUGUACCACGGUGCAAGCUUUUCCUGCCCCACCUUCCACAACGCUCCUCUUUCCACACAUGAAGACUUUAUCGUACAAGACGUUGAAGUCUGGACCGUGCAGAACUGAAUGGGAGCAUUAAGUGAAUGAGAUUUUCUACUUAAAAUUAGGAAACUUUAAGAGCCAUCGUAUCUGCUUUAUCCAGAUAAAGCAUCCACUGUCAGAACUGCAUCGGGGCCUGAGAACCAGUAACUGGUUCUGUCAGUGGGCAACCUGCUUGGUGAACUGGAACUGUUAGAAGCAAGUAGCAACAUGCUGUGAGCUUCUGGGUGUUCACCAUUUAUACCCUGACCAUGCCCUUCUAUGAUCCUAAAGAGGAUUUUGGCACAAGGAUAACACUGAAGACAUGUUUGCUUACAAUUUAAAAAUGUUAUGCAUGUAUUGUGAUAUUUGUGUUUACACCUGCUUUUUUGGCAUUUCUUUGAUGGUAAGAACACUGUAACAGGAUAGGAGCUAAAGCUUCCUAUCUGAGCUCCUCUAGGAGGUUAGGCUUUAAUGUAACUCCAUCUGAAAGGAGCAAAUCUGAGAUGAGGUGAGAUAAAGCACAACUUUGCACUACAAACAGCUAAAUGUAUUGUCAGUGAUAUGUGGUGUUUGAGGAGGAAGGGAAAUCCAACUGUUACCUGCCUGUCUUCUCAUGUAAUACUACUAUGUUCCUGUUUGGAAUACAUAUAAGCAAGAAAUAAUUAAUAUUUGAAAUCUUUGGCUUAUUUUUUAACUUAAUUAUUUAACUGUGAAUCCUUUUUUUACAAAAAAAUGUUGAAACAAGAAAAUAAAGUAUAUUUUGAUGUA